UGAUUCCCAAUUGACUCAACCAGAUGCCUUUAACGUGACUCGGCGGAUCGACCGUUCUUGACUGCUCAUUGCGCUGCCUGGAUUUACAUCCUGGUGCUGAAUUGCGACAUGAAGAUUCCUGAAGUCAGAACCACUAAACCAAAACAAGACGACCUCCUCUGGGGGGCAUUGGGGCUUAACAGGCUGAAAAUAGCGGCCGACACAUCUGCAAGAACUUUGUGAUACAACCGAUGUAUAAAAAGAAAAGUUUGGAUACCGGUCCACUUCUGUGGACAGACAGGAGAAAACGUCCAACCAGACAACAUUACCAGCAUGCCCUCUGGACACACACAACACUCCUUUACUCUGUCUGGACACACACAGAAGGUCGGGUGUAUGUGGAGGCUGAUUGCCCUCUGCUCCGUCGUGUGUCUGUCGCUAUGGCAACCGUCAGACGCCUCGCGGCUCCGCUGCGGCAGUGACCUGCUCGCCGACCUCAUAUUUGUGUGCGGCGAUCGUGGGAUCUAUUUAGGAAGAGGCAGCUGGUCUGGGUAUGGCUCACGGCCUCGGGGCAAGGGCAUCGUGGAGCAGUGCUGUCACUCUGCGGGCUGUGACCUCCGUCACCUGGAAAUGUACUGUGCCAAGUCCAAGAAGCCCGAGCCUCCCACCACCACCACCACCACCACCACCUCCACCACCACCACCUCAACCACCACCACCUCCUCCACCACCUCCACCACCACCUCCAUCCCCAGCUCCAUCCACAGCUCCGCCACCACGUCUACCGCCACCUCCACCCCCACCUCCACACCCACAGUGGCGCUGCAGUUCGAGGCCGUCUUCCAGAAGAGGCUCCUGGAGCACCUGGGAGCGCCCGACAGCCAGAGGAGGUCCAACGCCCGGAGGAAAACACACAGCUCCCCCAGGCGGAGGAAGGUAUCGUCCACCUCCCGCAAAGGAGCAGCCAGGCAACAGCCUGCCAGCAAGUUUGCCUCAGGCUCCCAGCAGUCCAAACUCUCGUGACCGCUGUGAUAUUUGGGAGGGAAGGGAGGUUUUAUUUUGACUGAGCCUGCAACAUUGUUUUCUGAAUGCACUUUAAUAACUUUUGACUCCGCCGUCUGUGUCUCUAGGCCUGUAUCCAUAUCUAUCACUGCACUUCUUCUCAGGCACGCAUGCUAUCUAUAUCAUGUCAGGUUCAGAUACUAUAGUCAAAGUACAUGGAAUCCAGAUUGUUUCGAUACUUUCAGUAUUAUUUUUAUGUUUCCAUUUUUCCAUUUUCUUUAUAGUGUAAAAUGUUACACCAAAGUGAUGCUUGAAAUUGUUUGCAGUAUUAUCCCAAAAUGUUAAUGGUUUUUUUACUGUUGUGUUAAUAUUUAAUAUCGUUUUUUAUAGGGUUUAUCUUAUUCACAAAGUACUGGAUUAUUUUUAUAGCUACACUGUUGCCCUUGAAUGUUUCGAUGUGAUAUAUGUAUUGUAAAGGAUGAGAAUGUUUUGUAACUAUUUAUUACUACUUAAAAUUUUUUUCUAAACA